GAAAGUGCCCAGCCAGGACGGGGAGGGGACUCGGAGAGGCUAGAGUUCCUGAGCUGACCCUGGAGAUGGCUGCUGCUCUCAAAGUCACCGCUGCCAAUCGGGAAAAGGUCCAGAAAGUUCAGACUCAGAUCUGCUCUGAGGCUCACCGUCUCAUCUCGAGCCGUCUGCCAGAAAAGAUACGGGAGCUGGAAUCUCUGCUGACGGCUGACAUCCUGAACGUGUCUGACCUGUCCCUGGUUCACGGAGAACUGGACAUCCCCAUCCCGGACCCCCCGAAAAAGGAUGAGGAGAAUUCCAACGGAUCGUCAGAGGCGGAAGAUGGGAAGGAGAAAAAGGAGAAACCCCCAAAAUGUGGCCUGAUCAAGGCCAAUGAGAAGAUUCUGAACUUGGUGCAAUGUGUCAAACCGCAACUCAACGAACUCAAAGAAGCCUGCAUCGUGAUAACCGCCUGGAUCCAGUACAUGGUGCCAAAGAUCGAAGAUGGGAAUGAUUUUGGCGUCGCCAUUCAGGAAAAGAUUCUGGAGCGGACAGCAGCAGUCAAGACCAAGGUGGAAGGGUUUCAGACCAGCAUCACAAAGUAUUUCACGGAGCGCGGAGAUGCAGUGGCCAAAGCCUCCAAAGACACACACGUGAUGGAUUAUCGCCAACUGGUCCACGAGAAAGAUGAGGCGGCCUACAUGGAGCUCAGGGCGAUGGUCAUGGACAUCAGGGGCUUCUAUGUGGAACUGCUGGACAUUAUCCUGAAAAACAAGGAGAAGAUCACCAAUCCCAAGGGAGAGGAGAAAGCGUUGUCCAUGUACUGAGACACUCAAGGUCCACGGGGAGCCGGGUUCAGAGAGAGAGGAUACUGGGUGGGUGGGGGGGGUGUCGCGUGGGUAAAGGUGGUGAAGGACAUUAAACUAUUGUCGAUGGGCAACUGGGCAGCCACGUCUGCCCACGUUCUGUGCACUUACAGCCAAGGUGGGGGGAGGGGGUGCGGUCCCACACAGACUGACGCCCGCCCGCCCGCCCACGGCUUUGUGAACGUGAAUAAAUUUCUACCUUGCGUGA